AUGAAAAAGCAACAGAAAGGACUUCAGUCUCACUUUAAAAGACAAGAGAAACGAAAACAAAAAACAACAACAGCUCCGGAUGACCAGCAGCAAAUGCAGACGCAGAAACAAAAGUCGAAAAGACAUUUCUUCAAAAACCGCGUGAAGCCCCAGAAACAUCAAACCCGUCCUUCCCCAAUAAUGGACGAGAAGGAGGAAAGUGAGGGUAUUGAUGGUCAAAGAAGUCGAUGGCAUAACAAGAUUAAGAGAUGGGUGUUGCUUAAGAAAUCGGCAAAGGCAGAAAUACCAUCAGUAACGACAGCCAUUGUACUCGAACCAAAUCGGACAGAGGUAGUGAACAGAGAGUAUGAGGGAAAAGCAAACGAAAUUGGUGCCACUGCUACACUUCCAACCCAUAAAAUCAAUUUUUCAAGCGACUAA